AUGGGCGGUUUCGAUGAAAAUGAAAGCCCCGAAUCGCAUUUGGCGAAGGCAUUCCAAGAUGUAGCCAGAGGCGAGCAAACAGCCGGUGCUAUUGAGAACCAUCUUACGCGCCUAGAGCAGGAAAUAGAUCGUCUGCUUGGAUCAGUCGAAGCAGCAAAGGAGGGCUCGGAUACAGCACUCAAGAAAGAUGAAGGAAAAGAGGAGGAGAGCGCAGAAAAGGGCGAUAAAUCUGUCGCGGAGAAUGGCAGCAAGGACGAGCAGGGGAAAGAAGAUAAGCAAUGA